AUGAGUAGUUUGGUGGAGAGACUUCGUGUGAGAUCAGAUCGAAGGCCAGUUUAUAAUCUUGACGAGUCAGACGAUGAUGCUGAUUUUUUGCCAAGAAAGUCUGGGACAACUCAGGAAAAGUUAGAGAGGAUAGUGAGAAGUGAUGCGAAAGAGGAUUUAUGUCAAGCCUGUGGAGAAAAUGAAAAUCUUGUGAGCUGUGAAACUUGCACAUAUGCAUACCAUCCUAGAUGUUUACUUCCACCUCUUAAAGGCCCCCUUCCAGACAAUUGGAGAUGCCCUGAAUGUGUUAGCCCACUUAAUGAUAUUGACAAGAUAUUAGAUUGUGAGAUGCGACCUACUACAGCUGCUGACAAUGAUGCCACAAAGUUAGGGUCAAAGCAAAUUUUUGUCAAACAAUACCUCGUUAAGUGGAAGGGCCUAUCAUAUUUGCAUUGCACAUGGGUGCCGGAGAAAGAGUUUUUGAAGGCAUUUAAGACUCAUCCUCGUCUAAAGACAAAGGUGAACAACUUCCAUCAGAAAAUGGCAUCUGUCAAUACUUCUGACGAUGAUUUUGUUGCCAUUCGACCCGAAUGGACUACAGUUGACCGAAUACUUUCUUGCAGGGGUGAUGAUGAUGAGAGGGAGUAUCUUGUGAAGUGGAAGGAGCUUCCGUAUGAUGAAUGCUACUGGGAGUUUGAGUCAGAUAUUUCUGCAUUUCAGCCAGAAAUAGAAAGAUUCAAUAGACUUCGGUCUAGAUCCAGUAAAUUUUCUUCCAGUAAACAAAAACACAGUGUUAAGGAUGAAACUGAAUUGAAGAAACAGCAGAAAGAAUUUCAACAUUUUGAACAUAGCCCUGAGUUUCUUUCAGGUGGUACAUUGCACCCAUAUCAGCUUGAAGGCUUGAACUUCUUACGAUUCUCUUGGUCCAAGCAGACUCAUGUUAUACUUGCUGAUGAAAUGGGACUUGGAAAAACUAUACAAAGUAUUGCUUUCCUGGCAUCCCUUUUUGAAGAGGGUGUCUCCCCACAUCUUGUGGUUGCUCCACUUUCAACUCUGCGAAAUUGGGAACGGGAAUUUGCAACAUGGGCACCUCAUAUGAAUGUGCUAAUGUAUGUUGGAUCUGCCCAAGCUCGUAGUGUUAUAAGAGAGUAUGAAUUUUAUUUUCCAAAGAAACAGAAGAAGAUCAAGAAAAAGAAAUCUGGUCAGCUAAUUAGUGAAAACAAGCAAGACAGGAUUAAAUUUGAUGUUCUUUUGACAUCGUAUGAGAUGAUCAACUUUGACACUACAUCACUAAAACCUAUAAAAUGGGAGUGUAUGAUAGUUGAUGAAGGUCACCGUCUCAAAAAUAAGGAUUCAAAAUUAUUUUCUUCACUGAAGCAAUAUUCUAGUAGGCAUCGUGUUCUCUUGACAGGAACUCCUCUUCAGCAUCUGCCUCUACCCAUUGCUUUGUGCCUCCUCCCACAGUGCUGCCUCUACCUCAACCUAGAGAUGGUUCCCCUUGCCUCUAUUGAGUAUUCUUUUAGUAGUUGGGUGCAAUGGCUCAAAGAUAAAGAGGGGAAUCGAUGCCACUUUCUUUGUACUGGUUAUUUUGAACUUUACAUGGUUGUUGGUGUUUCAAACAACUUGGAUGAGCUUUUCAUGCUUAUGCAUUUCCUUGAUGCUGGGAAGUUUGGAAGUUUAGAGGAGUUCCAGGAAGAGUUUAGGGAUAUCAAUCAAGAGGAGCAGAUUUCAAGGCUUCAUAAAAUGUUGGCUCCACAUCUAUUGCGAAGAGUGAAGAAAGAUGUCAUGAAGGAACUACCUCCCAAAAAGGAACUUAUUCUACGCGUUGAAUUAAGCAGCAAACAGAAAGAAUAUUAUAAGGCAAUUUUGACCCGUAAUUAUCAGAUAUUAACCCGUCGUGGUGGUGCUCAGAUUUCUCUUAUCAAUGUUGUUAUGGAAUUGCGGAAGCUUUGUUGUCAUCCUUACAUGUUAGAAGGAGUUGAACCAGAUAUUGAUGAUGCAAAAGAAGCAUACAAACAGCUACUUGAAUCGUCAGGGAAGUUGCAAUUGCUGGACAAGAUGAUGGUCAAACUUAAAGAGCAAGGACAUAGAGUACUUAUAUAUUCCCAAUUUCAGCACAUGCUGGACUUACUUGAAGAUUAUUGUACUUACAAGAAUUGGCAGUAUGAAAGGAUUGAUGGCAAGGUUGGUGGAGCUGAAAGACAAGUUCGGAUAGAUCGUUUCAAUGCCAAAAAUUCUUCAAGAUUUUGCUUUCUUCUUUCUACUAGAGCUGGGGGACUGGGGAUAAACCUUGCAACUGCUGACACAGUUAUUAUAUAUGAUAGUGAUUGGAAUCCUCAUGCUGAUUUACAAGCUAUGGCUAGAGCUCACCGACUUGGACAAACUAACAAGGUGUUAAUUUAUAGGCUUAUAACACGAGGAACUAUCGAAGAAAGGAUGAUGCAGAUGACUAAGAAGAAAAUGGUGUUAGAACACCUAGUUGUGGGAAGGCUAAAGGCUCAAAAUAUCAACCAGGAAGAGUUGGAUGAUAUCAUAAGAUAUGGAUCGAAGGAGUUAUUUGCAGAUGAGAAUGAUGAAGCCGGCAAAUCCCGCCAGAUCCAUUAUGAUGCUGCUGCUAUUGACAGAUUGCUGGAUCGUGAUCAAGUUGGAGAUGAAGAGGCUACGUUGGAUGAUGAGGAAGAAGAUGGAUUUCUGAAAGCGUUCAAGAAUUUGCGAUCAUUGAUGCAAUGCUAUUCUGCUGCUGUUGUUGCAUCUUACGUAAAUUCAGAAGAACUAAUAUUCCUAAUGGUUGCAAAUUUUGAGUAUGUUGACGAAGCUGAGGCUGCAGCAGAGGAGGCAGCACAAAAAAGAGCAAUGGAGGCCCUAAACAGUUCAGAAAGAACACAUUACUGGGAGGAGUUGUUAAGAGACAAGUAUCAAGAGCAUAAAGUUGAGGAGUUUAAUGCCUUGGGAAAAGGGAAGCGAAACCGGAAGCUGGACCUAGAGCUUGUGAAGGAUGUCUUGCUAACUUUACCAAGUGGAAUAAGGGGGAAGAUGGUUUCUGUGGAGGAGGAUGACCUUGCUGGUCUAGAAGAUGUAAGCUCUGAUGGUGAAGAUGAUAAUUAUGAAGCAGAACUUACUGAUGGUGAUUCAAAUUCAAAUGGAACUGGAACUACUACAGCUAAAAGGCCUUAUAAAAGAAAAGCCCGUACUGAUAGCACAGAGCCACUUCCUCUGAUGGAAGGUGAAGGAAAAUCAUUCAGAGUCCUUGGUUUUAAUCAAAAUCAGAGGGCUGCAUUUGUGCAAAUUUUGAUGAGGUUUGGGGUUGGUGAUUUUGACUGGAAGGAGUUUACUUCCCGCUUGAAACAGAAGACUUAUGAAGAAAUCAAAGACUAUGGAACCCUUUUCUUGUCCCAUAUUGCUGAAGAUAUAACUGAUUCCUCUACAUUCACAGAUGGUGUACCAAAAGAAGGAUUACGAAUCCAAGAUGUACUUGUUAGGAUUGCAGUCCUGCUUUUGAUAAGGGACAAGGUGAAGUUUGCGUCACAACAUCCUCAGACUCCAUUAUUUUCGGAUGACAUCUUAUUACGCUAUCCAGGUUUGAAGGGUGCAAAGAUAUGGAAGGAGGAGCAUGAUUUGGUUUUGUUGCGUUCCGUUUUGAAGCACGGGUAUGGAAGAUGGCAAGCUAUUGUUGAUGACAAGGAUCUGAAAAUUCAGGAGGUCAUCUGUCAGGAGUUGAAUCUUCCCUUUAUAAACUUACCAGUUCCAGGACAAGUCGGUUCUCAGGCACAAAAUGGUGCAAAUUUGACAAAUGCAGAAGUACCUAACAGUCAAUCCAGGGAAAAUGGAGGGAGUGAUAUACCAGCUGAUGGUGCGCAAGGUUCUGGUGAUGCCAGGAACCAAGCACAAUUAUAUCAAGACUCCUCCAUAUUAUAUCAUUUUAGAGACAUGCAGAGAAGACAGGUUGAGUUUAUAAAAAAGAGGGUUCUUCUUUUGGAAAAAGGGCUCAAUGCCGAGUACCAGAAAGAAUACUUUGGUGAUCCAAAAUCAAAUGAAGUAACAAAUGAGGAACUUAAAAGUGAAACCAAGGCUACCAAUUUUCCAAGUUAUAAAUUAGGGGAAACUGACACCCAAAUGACUGAUCAACUGCCGAAAGUAGAAACAAUUGCUUCAGAAGAAAUUUCGGCUGCUUGUGAUGGUGAUCCAAAUCGAUUGGAGUUAGUUCGUCUUUAUAAUGAGAUGUGCAAGGUAGUGGAGGAAAACCCCAUGGAUUUAGUUCAAACUUCUUUGGCAAGAGAACCAGCAGAUCCUGAUGUAGUCAAGAAUUUCCCACCGCUAGUAACCAUUUGCGAAGACAUCUACAGAAUUCUAACACCCAUACAAGAACAACGUGCUGCAGAUAUUCCAAUAUCAAAUUUAGACAACAAAUCAGAGGCUAUAUCGGACGGUGAGAUUUUGGGCACCAAAUCAUUGGCAAACCAUCGAGAUGCUGGUAAACCUACAGACUCAGCAAACAAUGAGAACAAAGACAUGAUAAUAGAAUCUGAACCUAUAAAAGAUAAGAAUGAAGCAACGACUCUGCCGGAGAAAGAGAAAAGUAAUACAGAAAUGGAUGAAACUAUGGCUGAUGCUGAGUAG